CUUCCAUCCGUCUCUCUCUUCUCCUACUACCACAACCCUCUCAUCAUGGCUCCCCUCAACCUCCCCGCCGGCGUCCUCUACGGAAAGGACGUGAGGACUUUGCUCGACCACGCCCGCGAGAACAACUACGCCAUCCCCGCCAUCAACGUGACCUCGUCGUCGACUGCCAACGCCGCACUUGAGGCCGCUCGCGACAACAAGGCCCCCAUCAUCCUCCAGGUCUCGCAGGGUGGUGCCCACUUCUUCGGCGGCAAGGGCCUCGCCAACGGUAAGGACCAGGCCGGUUCGAUCGCCGGCUCGGUCGCUGCCGCCCACUUCAUCCGUGCCAUUGCCCCCGCCUAUGGCAUCCCCGUCAUCCUCCACACCGACCACUGCGCCAAGAAGCUCCUUCCCUGGUUCGACGGUAUGCUCAAGGCCGACGAGGAGCACUUUGCCAAGACCGGCGUGCCCCUCUUCUCGUCGCACAUGCUCGACCUCUCGGAGGAGACCAACGAGGAGAACAUUUCGACCUGCGCCAAGUACUUUGAGCGCAUGGCCAAGAUGGACCAGUGGCUCGAGAUGGAGAUUGGCAUCACCGGUGGUGAGGAGGACGGUGUCGACAACACUGGUGUCGACAAUGCCUCGCUCUACACCCAGCCCGAGGUCGUCUUUGAGGUCUACAAGGCCCUCGCCCCCAUCUCGCCCAACUUCUCGAUCGCCGCCGCCUUCGGCAACGUCCACGGUGUCUACAAGCCCGGAAACGUCAAGCUCCAGCCCAAGCUCCUCGCCGACCACCAGAAGUACGCUGCGGAGCAGCUCAAGGGCAAGGGCGGUGACAAGCCUCUCUACCUCGUCUUCCACGGUGGCUCGGGUUCGACCGAGGACGACAUCCGUGUUGCCGUUACCAACGGUGUUGUCAAGAUGAACGUCGACACCGACACCCAGUGGGCGUACCUCCUCGGCAUCCGUGACUACGUGCUCAACAAGAAGGACUACCUCAUGACCCAGGUCGGCAACCCCGACGGCGAGGACAAGCCCAACAAGAAGUACUACGACCCCCGUGUCUGGAUCCGUGAGGGUGAGAAGACCAUGGUCAAGCGUGUCAUUGAGGCGUGCGACCACCUUGGCAACAAGGACCGCCUGUAAGCGGCAUUGUCAUAGUGCCCGAGGGCGUUGAGGGAGCUCGUCCGGGAUGACGUCGGUAGUAAAAGAGUCUGUAGUCGUUGUUGCAUCACAUAGCAGAGG